GAUACUUUCUUGCUGUUGGCACAGCGCUGGUCUGAAUUUAUGUAGAUAAUCUAGCUAGUCUACCCAUUUAACCAAUGUUUCAUUUUAUUUUCUAGUCCUUCUUACUAAUAAUAAUAUAGCAUCAAUGUACAACUUCUAAUCACUUGAUGAUGAGACUCACUAGGUACUCGACUAGCACAGUCUGACAGACUUAAAGCGCGCAUUGUUUCCCCUUUGAAAGAUGGAGGAGUACAUGGCAAACUUUCUCCGUUUUGCUUUUCCAAAAGCAAGUGUGUAAGGAUUAUGCUGACUAUUGAUGUCAAUGCACUCAAUGGCAUCUGUUAUGGACGACCCAACCCUUCAAAGCAAUUUCAAAGGCCACAAAGAUGCCAUAACCUGCGUAGACUUCAGCCCUAAUCACAAGCAACUAGCCACUGGGUCGGCUGAUAAGUCCCUGAUGAUCUGGAACCUGAGUCCCAAGGCCAGGGCCUUCCGCUUUCUGGGGCAUAAAGAUGCUAUUACUGGGAUCCAGUUCUCCCCUUUUGGUGACCUUGUGGUAUCUGCCUCCAGGGACAUGACAGUCAGAUUGUGGACCCCUAACAUUAAAGGAGAGUCCACAGUUUUUAAAGCCCACACAGCCGUGGUGCGAAGUGUUAACUUCUCUCACGACGGCCAGAAGCUGGUGACGGCCUCCAACGACAAGUCAGUGAAGGUCUGGAGCGUCCACAGACACCGGUUCCUCUAUUCCCUCAACCAGCACACUAACUGGGUGCGCUGUGCCAGGUUUUCUCCCGACGGACGUCUUCUGGCAUCUUGUGGUGAUGACCGCACGGUCCGACUAUGGGAUGCCUCCACCAAACAAUGUGUGAACAGCUUCACAGACUAUGGAGGGUCAGCAACAUGUGUAGACUUCAACUCCAGUGGUACCUGCAUAGCAUCCUCAGGAUCUGACAACUCCCUGAAAAUCUGGGAUUUAAGAACUAACAAACUACUUCAACAUUACCAAGUCCACAGUGCGGGGAUCAAUUGCUUUUCCUUCCAUCCAUCGGGUAACUACCUAAUUAGCGGCUCAAAUGACAACAUGGUGAAGAUCUUGGACCUACUAGAGGGACGCCUCAUCUAUACCCUCCAUGGCCACAAGGGUCCAGUCUUCGCUGUGGCCUUCUCUCGAGGGGGGGAGCUCUUUGCCUCUGGGGGUACAGAUGCCCAGGUUUUGGUGUGGAAGACCAACUUUGAUAUCAUAGACUACCGAGAGCUUCUGAGCAAGCACAGCCAGCGGGUCAGCCUGGACCCCCCCCCUCAUCUGUUGGAUAUCUACCCCCGAGGACCCCACCUCCACUCCUCCCAGUCUGGGGCCAUAAAGAUCAAUCCCGUUGUGGCAGACACCCAGUCCACAGACCCUGAUGUCAUAGAUGUGGACCAGACACUCUACUCCUCUAUGGUUGUCAACCGGUUGCCAGUGCUGCAUGGGAACACUGACUUCCACUGUGCCGGGUUGCCCGGGCGACAAGUAGCCAGUCCGGGUCCCAGUGAGGGGCCCAGUGACUGUGGGCGGGGUUCACCCUCACCGUCUGGGCCAGGUGGAGGGGCGGAGGAAGGGGGGAGAGAGGAGACGGGGGAUUGGACCAUGCAGGAGGUGCCCUCGGCCAUGCCCACGGGGUGCCACACAACCCUACAGCACAUUGUCCACCAACUUGAAAUCCUCACUCAGAAUGUGUCGAUGUUGGAGAAGAGACUGACACUGACGGAGGAUAAACUGAAGGAGUGUCUCCACAACCAAAUCCAAAUCCUGCAUGGACAAGGGGAGAAGAAGAAAAGAGAGAGGGAGACGGCGGAGGAAGAGGAGGCAGGGCGCAGUCUCCCCCAUUUGGGAUAACUCCCUCCACACUGCAGCAUCUAGCUGUGAACAAGGAUUAUGAACAAGGUAGCCUGGGUGUCUCCUUCUUUGCCAUAUGACUUUAACCAAAAACAUUCACAUCUAUCCACAAAAAACUAGCUUUUAUUUUAAAGCUUGAAUCCAGAAUGGGGUUAGAAUCAAGAUUGAGAUACAUCAUUUGUUCAUUUGAAAGGAAACUUUUUCUUGCGUCUAUACACAUGGAUUCCCUUAAUAAUGAUUUACUGUCUAUUUAUACAAAUAAAUAAAAACAUUUAUAUAUUUUGCCUAUAAGCAUAUCAAGUAUCUUGUGUUUGUACAUGUCCUUCUCCAUACUUGCACACAAAUGCACAACAGAAUAUGUCUAUAAAGAAUAUGUAAUGGCGCACAAUGCAUGUUACCAUAAUUUGGCGAUCUAAUAAAUGUUUAAUGUCUGUUCUAUAAACUUGAUUGUUGAUUGAUGAUUGUUUCAAUUGCGUGCUGACUACAAAUGCACACAAGGCUCAUUUACAUAUUCAAUUCACCCUGUUUUUAACAGAAGACAUAUUUAAAUAUGUUACCAACAACUGGGAACGCCAACUUUGUGAAAGUCUAAUCCCUCCUGUGUGUUUGUGCCAGCCACAUGUGAAGUCUUGUUUUUGCGAUUUCCAGAUUAUUGGUUCAUUUCAAAAUACACAAUGCAUGACCAAUUAAAAGAUGAAGAUUUGCCUUGCAGACUCAUUUAACAAAAGAAAAUUCAAGCCAUCAUUCACUGUAUGCCUGAGAAGAGUUUUAAAAUGUUAAAUGUAUGUCAAAUAGUCAGCUCAUUGUUUUGGUGUUUGUAUCACAUUAUUGUACCAUAUAUAUACAGUACAUAUACUGUAUAUAUUCUAUACGACUAUAUCAGAUGGGGGUACGUGGUGGACUAUAUUAUUUCGAAUUGGGAAUGCAGAUUAUAAAGUUUGUAUAAAAUUAUCCCAAUCUUUGUCAUAUCUUAGUCCCAACCCAUGUCUUUGUGUAUACAUUCACAAUUUGUGUAUAUAUUCACAAUAUAAAUAUAUUCACAAUGUAUUUCCCCAACAGACAGAGUAAGUGCCACAGUUAGGGAGACCCCAUGUUUUAGUUUCUCUGAGUGGAGAUGUGAUCGGAGGUGUUGUGGCCAGGGCCCGGGGGCAGAAACUGCUCUCCGUUUGCUCUCCUUACCACAUCCUUCCUGCCCCCCCCCCCCCCCCGCCCCCGCCCCCAUGACCAUCCCAAGAACCAGAGCAAAGGACAUAACCACUUCACCACAUGUGGGAGAAGGGAUUGGAGAAGGGAACAUGAGGGUUUCUUGAAACAUUAGACUUGGGAAUCUGUCACUGAAAAACACGUGCUGUGAUGUUCCACUGUAACUGAUUAUGUCGAUUACAACCAGGGACUGCAUAUCAAGGAACCUAACAUACACAUAGUAUAAAUUCCAAUAUGUUGUCAUAUUCUGUGUUGUGAACUGUGUAAGCUCAUAAUCUGCCUUUAAUGACUUCCUUGAGACUGAACUGCUUGUUGAUGUUGUGUAGAGGCUGACAGAUGGUGAUUGUGUUGACCCACAGCCUAUUAGAAUGCAUCCAGCUUAGAGAGA